AUGUGUGGCACAAUGUCAUACUGCGUGACUAUAUCAUACAGUGCCGAUUAUGAUUCAUAUGUUUGCUCAGAAGACGAAGGCGUAGAAUACCAACUCGAGCCCUACUGGAGUGGUAUAAGCAACCUCAUCGCCUUCCCAAUUUACACCGGUUCCAAUGGUGUCUCAACCGGCACCCAAUAUCCACCUGGCUAUCCAACUCCGACAUCAACCACGCAGACACAUGAAACAUCUACAUCAUCAGACUCAAAUUCGGCCAGCGCUUCAAGCUUCGAUCAAACAGUUGCCACUUCAUUGACCUCAAGACCCAACUCAUCCCAAAAAAGCAAGCCAGCCGCUCCUAUAGGUGCCAUUGUAGGCGGAGUUGUUGGCGGACUUGUCGUCGCUAGUCUUUGUGUGGCUGCAAUAAUCUUUCUUCUCAUAAGGAAUCGCAAGCACAGGCAGGAACAGGAGCGGCAAAUUGGACCCGGGCUCCAAUAUUUCCCUCCUCAGCUGCCAAAGCCAGGUAGCGAUGGUCAGUAUAGUUCUAUGGGGAACCCGCCUGCACAGCCGCCUGCGUACCCCAACUUGAAUAGCCACGACGGCGUUGGUCAUCCGGUUUCUACUCAGAACGAGCUAAAUGGUCAGAGUACGCGAUUCGAAUAUGAAACUCAGAAUUAUAAACCUGAGCUUGGUGUUUCCCGAGGUGAACCGCAGUAUGAACUUCAGGGCUCUUCGGUGAUGGCUAUUAAGCCACUCUCUUGA